UGCGCAUGCGCCGAGGCCUCCCAGGUCAGAGUUCUACGCCUAGAGCUGCAGCGGGAGAGUGCGUAAGAAGAGAGGCUCAGCCGGGUGGAAGGCAAAGGCAGCGGCGAUGGUGGAGACCAAGAGCGAGACCAAGCCCGAGAAGGAGCCGUGGCGGGGUCGCUACCACACGCUGGAAGAGAUCCAGAAGCACAACCACAGCCAGAGCACCUGGAUCAUCCUGCACAACCGCAUCUAUGAUCUCACCAAGUUUCUGGAGGAGCACCCAGGUGGUGAAGAAGUACUAAGAGAACAAGCAGGAGGAGAUGCUACAGAAAGUUUUGAGGAUGUUGGCCAUUCCACAGAUGCCAGAACGCUGUCGGAUUCUUUCAUUAUAGGAGAACUUCAUCCGGAUGAUUGGGAUAAAAUUAAGAAACCAACGGACACUUACAUUACCACUGUGGAAUCGAGUUCCAGUUUAUGGACCAACUGGGUAAUUCCUGCAAUAGCAGCGAUUAUUGCCGUCCUUAUGUAUCGUCUCUAUAUGUCUGACUAACAUCUUACAGAGAAGCUGUACUGGGACAUAACUGUUUGGGAAAAGAGAGCCAAGUAUGCACCGCUAACCACCUUCACGUCAGGACAGUAUCUGAAAUCACCUUUUUAAAAAAAGAAAUACCCCCUCUUUUUCUCAAAGUCAAAGCUGCUUCAGCAGUGCACUUUUAAUGAUGCCUUUAAUGCAGCCGUUUUUAAACGCAACAGAAUAUGUUUUUCCUUUUAUAUUAUCAUGUUCAUUAAUUAUAUGUGUGAUCCUAUCAAGCUGUUUGUGAAAAUGAAAACAUUGUUUAUGAAUUAGUAUAAGAUAAGCAACAUUUCUUCAGUACUUAAUGCUUGUCUUUUUUAAUGGAUUCUUUAUGGAUUUUUCUUGCCAAGAUAAUAAAUAACCAGGAGGAAGAGAUUGUGUCUAUGCAAAUUCUUUCCAUCCUUGCCUUCACAUAGAAUUUUCUUAUACAAUGUUUUCCUUUCCAUUUCUGUUAUUUCUUGGGUUGAUGUCUGUGUGUCCUUUUUCUAAGUUCUGCUGGGAAACAAAGGAAAUCCAGAUCUUUGAUUCCCAUUACUUUUAUAAAUGUUUAAGGAAAACACAGUGACACAUCUCCAAUUGUAAUCCAUGUAUUUUGGUGCAAUUCAUAAUCACCAUUCUCCUUUAUCUUGGAUUCCUCUGAUUCUUCUGCUUUGCAGAAUUCAACAUGUGAACUUCCAGUGCCUGUUUGCUGAUUAUGCUUUCUUAAUGAAGCAAGAGAAGGAAAUACAAGAACAUAGUUACUUGGUGUCAUGUUUUUAUUUCCCCAGUUUUAAUCAACUGUAUGUUUUAUCUAUGAUGUCAUUUGCUUAUAAUACUUCCAUUAGUCACACAGAACUUAUUCUGGAAUAAACUCAAAAUAUUUACUGUA